UUAAAUAUCGUUUUUGUUUUUUUUUUUAACGUAUGUAAGAGAGGAAGUCUCGUGCGCGCGGUAUCGUAAGUUUUGUUGAUCGUGUGUGCAUAACGUAACAAGCGCGCGGGCGCGCACGCGGUGUGUGAAACGCCGUGUAUUAACAUAUAUAUAUAUAUUACACACGCGCGCACACACGCACACAUACACGCGUAUAUGUGUGUACAUAUAUAUAUCGCGCACGCACACACCAACGAACGCACUCGCGGCGCGCGUGAAGACACACCAAGUCACACAGAGAAAAGAGAGACACGCGCCGGGGAUUGGUGCGGAGAAAGGAGAGUUCGAGAAACGGCCAUAUUUCGCGCGAGUAUACUCGCGUGUGUGGUGGAUUACGCGAGUCCCAUCCGUACGUGUUUCCCUUGCGUGUCGCCUCGCCUCGUCUCACUUACAGACCACCUUUGUCGGCCAGAAUUUUCUUUUCCUCCGCGAGCUUUUUCUCGCACACGUUUUUGUUGUACCCGGCAUUCUCCUUCUCCGUCUCUCUCUCUCUCUCUCUCUCUCUCUCUCUCUCUCUCUCUCUCUCUCUCACACACACACACACACUCCUUUUCUCUUUCUCUCUCUCUCUCGUCACCUACAUCGGUUGCUUCGUCUCUCUGUCGCGUGUGUCAUCUUUGUCAUUAUCUAUAUAUCUGUACGCAAGAACAUUUGUAUUCUUUCAUUUUUACCGGUGUUGCACCUCGCGUAUCAAUUUAUCUAACGCAUCUGCCUACGCGUCCGUCGGUCUAUCUUACAAUCUCUAUAUAGCGGCUAAUCUAUCAAUCGUUCGGUCUCUCUUUCUCGAAUCGCGCCAUCUCUGUUGCACUUUUCUCGGUGUCUCUUGCUCUCUCCCUCUCUCACAUUUUCUCACUCUUACUUUGCCCAACUCUGUCUUCCUUUCUUUCCCGUGCUGCUCUCAACUACACUACGGCUCAUACGCUCUCUCGGUGCUAUGUCUACGUACUCUCGUACCCAGGAGAGCGACGCGUGGGCUCUGCUGGCAUUGAAGUCGGCACCGGCCAGUCCGACGAAGAUGCAGUGGAAUCCGGAAUCGAAAGGCGCACCGAUAGCGCGACUCGAGGGUCGCGAAUUCGAGUACAUGGUUAGACAGCGGCGUAUCACGAUCGGCCGCAACAGCAGCAAGGGUGAGGUCGACGUCAACAUGGGCCACUCCAGUUUUAUCUCGCGACGGCAUCUCGAAAUUCACUAUGAUCAUCCGUUUUUCUUCAUGACGUGCAACGGCAAGAAUGGUGUAUUCGUUGACGGAGUGUUUCAACGUAAGGGCGCUCCACCUUUUCAGCUGCCAAAGACAUGUACAUUCAGAUUUCCGAGUACAACGAUAAGAUUGGUAUUCCAGUCACUUGUGGACGAACAGGAACAAAGUAACGUUCGCGUGCCAUCUCCACCUAAACAGAGAGCGCCCUUACCACCGCUUCGGAUAAAUAUCCCGGAUACUGGUUACAGCAGUCCGUUUCCAUCGCCCACAGGAACAAUCAGCGCUGCUAAUUCUUGUCCAGCAAGUCCACGCGCCGGUCAGAACAGACGAAAUGUAUCCGCAGAUCUGCAGAUGGUGGCAGCAUAUGCAGCUGCGGUGGCAAACGAUCCACAGAAUUCUUCUUUAGAUAGGCAUACUUUGGAGAGGCACGAGGGCGGACAAAGUUCCAGCAGACAAAUUAGUCCCGAACCCGGUGCUGAUACGCGUUACCGAAGCGGAAACGGUUCCGGCCCAAAUGGCACUGCGCCACACUACAGUCCACCGAAGGACGAGUCAAAGCCACCGUAUUCUUAUGCGCAACUGAUCGUGCAGGCGAUAGCAUCGGCGCAAGAUAAACAACUCACAUUGUCAGGCAUCUAUUCUUACAUCACAAAAAACUACCCUUAUUAUAGAACAGCGGAUAAGGGUUGGCAAAAUUCAAUUCGGCAUAAUCUAUCAUUAAAUCGCUACUUUAUCAAGGUACCCAGAAGUCAAGAAGAACCAGGAAAAGGUUCCUUUUGGAAAAUAGAUCCUCAGUCGGAGGCGAAGUUGAUCGAUCAGGCAUUCAGACGAAGAAGACAACGUGGUGUACCUUGUUUCCGCCCUCCUUUCGGAGCAUUGUCAUCUAGAAGCGCACCAGCUUCACCGUCUCACGUGGGUAUCAGUGGAUUGAUGACACCGGAGUGUCUUAGUAGAGAGGCUUCCCCAGGUCCUGAAUCAUAUCCUGAUAGUUCAGUCCCUUCUCCAGCUGGGCAACUUGCAACAAGUCAAUCCGCGCCUGGUUCUCCUGGUCACCCGUACACGUCGACUCAGUCAUCUCACAAGGGACGUUUAAUACAGACAGGAGUUGUAACGAACGGUGUCAGUGCAGACGCGGCAAGAGAAGAAAAAUAUUUGGUGCCUGGAAAUGCUGUAGAGGAUCACUCUUUAUCUCCAGCUGGCCAGUACAGUCCAGCUCCUGUUAUUGUACAAACGACAUAUAAUUACAGUGGAAAUUUUAUCGGUCCCGAUGCUGGCGUCGGGGGGAUUAGCAAACGUACUCAUGACGAGUCAGACAGUUCGCCGGGUUCUCCAGCUCCGCUCGCGAUCGUCGAGAGUCCUGAACCGCCGGAACAUCAGGUGCCGCAACCUAAACGUCAACGUGUCCAUGAAAUGGACGAUCAUUGAAUUGAUAUACUUAGUAUCUUGCUACGUAGAACAUUAUAUUUACCUUGCAUUAUUUGCCUAUCGUCGAACACACUGCAAACAUCAUUUUUAUUUUAACUGCAUAACCCGCUUUAGACUGCACAUAACCGAGAUCAAGCAUCAUUUCUAUGUCCCGUAGGAAUUACAGAGACUGUUGUGUGUAUAAAUUCACAGAAAAAAAAAUCUAACUUCUAAGAGAAAGAACGACGAGCGGAAUAACUUCUCCUGUCCUUUUAAACUUCGUGUCUUUUGAUUGAAAUGAAAAUGAACUUUUUUCAACAAAAGUGUGUGUGUGUGUGUGUGUAUAUGUACACACACACACACAUAUAUAUAUAUAUGUAUGAGAU